UUCUUGGAUUUAAUUACUAUAUUAUUACAACAAGAAGAAGCUAACUUGGCGGAACCAAAAGCCAUCUUUUCAUUAUAAAAUUAAAAAAAGCAAGUUUAGAAUCAGUUGAAUUUUAGUUUGCUUUUGUGAGUGGUGAACUGAAGAGAAUCUUAUUAUGGAACUUGAGGCUCAUAUUGAUCGUUUGCCCAUUGACUUGUUGGCUCAUAUUUUUGUUCUUUUCACUUCCUUCACUGAUUUAGCCCAGGCAAGCAGGGUUUGCAAGAGAUGGAAACAAGGUGUGAAGCAGUCUUUGGCGAGUAAACAAAAUCUUAGCUUUGCUGGUUGGAAGAUGGAUGAUGAUUCCACCUCUCGUCUUGUUUCUCAUGCUUAUAAUAUCAGAAAACUUGAUAUACCAAGGAGCCGCUGGAGUUGUCAAAUAACUGAUGCUGGACUUAUAAGAAUAUCAUUGACAAAGUGUGUCUGCAAUCUCACAUCCAUAUCAUUAUGGGGUUUGACUGGCAUCACAGAUGAAGGAGUUGUUCAACUGAUAUCCAGAACUAGGUCUUUACGACAUCUGAAUGUUGGCGGUACAUUUAUCACAGAUGAAUCUCUAUUUGCCAUUGCAAGAAGUUGCCCAAAAAUUGAGACCAUUGUUCUGUGGAGCUGUCGUCACAUAACUGAGAAUGGACUUAUUGCCCUAGUUGAUCAAUGCCUCAAGCUCAAAUCAAUGAAUGUAUGGGGAACAAGAGUUCCUGUGGACUGCCUUAACAAUUUACUUAUCAUGAGUCCAAAUCUUCAAAUAAAAAUCUAAAACUGGAUUGCAUGUAUAGAAUGAUGUCCAAGUUGCUGAUUCUAACAGUGGUAUUUUCACUGUUUUUAUUAAUGUACAGAUUUUUUUUACAUCUUGUACUCUUAAAUUUGAUUCCUGAAAAGAUGAGUAUAUCAAUAUUUUUUCUUGAAUAAUGUACAAAAAACAUCAUGUUUCGGUUCAUAACUUUGUAUUUUGGACUCUAUCAAGUUGUUAUUGUUGUAAACAUUUUUAGUUCACAAAAUAAGUCAUAAAGCAGGAUUACACUAAA